AUGGCGAAAGCUUUGAGAUUUAUGAAGCUCCUUGAAGUGCUUGCUGUGGUGCUUCUUGCCCAAGUACACGCACAAACUAUUGUUUCGAUUUGUUUAAGCUACCCGGGGACGAUCACUUUCACCAGCUACACCACCGUGUAUGAGACACUUCAUCUGAACGAAACCUCUGUAUCUUCGACAUUUGCAACAGCUAGUAACUCAGAGCCUUUAGCUACAACGACCACAGUGAGUCAGACAAUCGACGGCAUAGAUGGGACCUCGACCUCCACGGCGACGUUUACAACCACUUCCAAUGUUUUAAUCCCUACCACCACCAUUACAACGUCUCGGACAACGACGUUUUCAAUCACGACGGAAGAUGUUCCAAGCACUACCACGACCGCCAGCAGCACCACUACCACUACGUCAUCCGUGAACCCAUUAGAUUCUUCCAGCACCCAGAGCAUCUCUGAUGUGACAACGACAACUACUUCAACCUCGACCUCUUCGACCACACUCGUCCCAGAACCUCAGAGCACUUCAGUAUACAUUACUGUUGGUACUGCGGACAUUGUGCUUGCACGACGAGCUAUACAAUAUGUCGUCUUCAAUGGGACUGUUAGUCACCUAGUCUACGAUAUCGAGGAAGCCGCAUUGGUGACGCUAUUUCCGAAUGGGACAAUGGUCUUUCGGGGACUUUACGUAGCUGGCGUCCUGUCCGGCAAUCAAACGUUACUGGGCCUCUCGGAUACCAUGUCUAUGACUCUGGCAACCUGGAACACAGAUGACACUGGCAACGUUAUUAUUUCCGGCACCGAAGGAUUUUGCAUAGAUGCAAGCACGAAUGUUGUCGUUAAAAUAUCGUUCACCGAGGCCACUUGUACAACCCUUCAAUUGGCUAUUGUAGCAGAAAAUCUAUCUGUAUCUACCACACCUUUCUUAAGCUCAACAACGACCUCUUUGACGACCUCGGACAUCUCAAUCACAACAACCAUGACGUCCACUAGUGUGAGCAGCUCAGUUGACGUCUCUUCUGAUAGUACAACCACUUCAAGCUCCUUUACUUUCACUAGCAGCGAUGAGUUCACGACUACCAGUACCAGUCUAAAGAGCACCGAGACAAUGACAUUAAGCAGCUCAACUACAAGUUCAACCAGUACAACAAGCUCAAUACUGAUUUCAGACUCCUCCACCUCAGAGAGCACAACAACCACUACCACCACUACUACUUCGGCAGCCCCGACAUGUGCCGUCACAGAUUCCAGUAUGCUUGUCGUUGCUAACGGGGACAUUGACCUAUCUGCUUACACAAAUCUAUUCAUCUCUACCACAGCUGUCCUUAACUACGCCGAUGCUCCACCUGGUCAGCAUGCUGUCUCUAUCCAGAUCGGAACCAUAUACCCUCAAGUCAUGUUCGAGAAUUCUGCAUAUCUGACACAGAUCUCUUGUCAGAACGGCAUGACCACUACCGUGGUCACUGAUGAUUUUGCUUCCUCUUUUGUUGCAAAUUGGCCACAAAAUGACUUCAUCAUCAUCACGAACUCAGAAAGCUGUAACUCGCAGACACAAAGAGGUGUUUACCUUGUUAAUAGCCAUACUUUGGAUACUCUCACUUCGACUUUCACAUUUUCAGUUACGGCAGCAGAAUGGGGGGCAGUGUCUGAGACUAUGACCAUCAGUUAUGGGACCACAGCCUCUUCGUCCGACGACGUAGACCCUGUGUACCCAUCCACUUGUACCAAUACCCUAAGCAUGACCGCAACGACGGCGACAACCUCUGUCACCUCUUCGUCGACGUCUUUGUCUCCUGGUGCACAAGCCAUGUUGGAUUUUAUCAAGAAUCAGCUAGCCUACGAUCCUGAGGAGAAUCAGAUGCUGAUUACCUCAAGUCCAGAACCUGUGGUUGUAGGUGGUGGCAAUGAUGUGGUGACUGAUCCAGAACUACUCGACCAACUCAAAGACAUCUUGCAACAGGACGGUCUUCCCGAUCUGGAUGACUUACUAGAUGAGGCAAAGGAUGCUACGGACAGCGGCAACAACUGUGAAACACCUCCAGAGCCCCCACGUAUAUGUGCGUGGCACCAGCCUCCUGCACUACGUCUACUGGUGCAAGGAGGCGAUCGAGACGAAACGCUAACAUGUCGGUCAGCGCCCUUGACCUGA